AUGAAGGGUUUCGCUUCUUCCUUCUCUCUUCUUCCUCCUACCUUCCCCGUCUCCUCUGCCUCGGCGUGUCUGGAAAAGAAACAAGCCAUUUACCCUCCAGAGGGGGCUGCUCCUGGCGGUGCGUCCUUCUUCGCCGCAUUCCCGUCUCCCGUUUUCGAGGUGGGGACCUUGUCAAAUUUUUUUUCGUCUCUGUCUCCUUUGUCACCUCUGACCUCCGGCGAUCAUUUCUACUCUUCCUCGCAUUCCUCUCCCCGGUCCACGCCUUCUUCGGGAAACGCCGUACCGUCACUGCAUUCCGUUCCUCCCGCGCAUGCGCCGUCCGGUUCUUCGCAGUGUACAGACAGCCUUCCAACUGCCCGUGGGUCCUGUUCUAGCUUGCAAACGAAAGUGCCAGACACGCCCCAGCGCCGUCGCUGUUCCCUCUGGACGGCUGCACCUUCCCACGUUUGGGAGGAACGGUGGAGGGUGGACUGUCAGGCUGGGUGGGAGCGAGCGAUCGAGGAAUCUCUGGAUCUGCGCUCCGAAAAAGAGGACACUGCCCUCUACCGUGAACAGACUCCUCCCUGCAUUGAGACGGCUGUCUCUGCAGGCUGCGAAGGUCACAGGAGAUCGAAUUCCAGCUCACCGAGAGGCGCGUCGCCUUCUGUCGCUUCGGAUCGACCUCUCGCGUCUCUGUGUGUCGGAGAAGAACUCAGUCGAGCAGCUGCGAGCCCCAUACGCGCUCCUGAGGCUUCUUGUUCUCCGUCUUCGAUUUGUCCUUCUGCGCUUCCGUCUACACGUGAGGCGGGGCCGUUGUCCCCUGGCGUCGCCAGGGAGUUUUCACCGAGUGUGGCAAGACUGAGGAGACACUCUCGGUUCCGAUUGCAGGACGCCUCGGGAAGCCAGAAGGGAGCAGCGGAGGCGCGGGACGCGAGGAAGUUGCGGGGAUUUUUCGGCACCUUUCUCGCUGACGGGAGUGGGGAUACAAGGGUCGAUCCUGAAAGAGACCCCAGCAAGCCUCCGAGACAUCUGGAGACCCGUCUCUUCAAUCCCGCCUUGCGGUUUCUCUCUGAGCGUCGCAUACAGGCCUCCUCUUCUUCCUGCUCUGUAUUCCUCUCUUCACCCUCUCCUUUUCGAGGAAAUUAUUUAGAGAGGGGGGUUCCUGACUGUGGUCGCGACUCUUCUCCAGCCGUGGUAGCGUUCGGAACUGCUCCGUACACCCGUCGCCUGUCUCCGUGGUCUCCCCUUCGGUCUCCCAACUCCGCGUCGGCCUGUGCACAACCUCCUCGACGACGCAACGGCAUCGCAGCGAGUUCUGCUCGCGCACCGUCGUUCUCUCCUUCCCUCUCUUCUCACUCUUCCUCUUUGUCGUCUUAUCGCUCCUCCGUCCCUUCUCUCUCUCCGUCUCACGUUGUAUCUUCGCGUCUGUCUCUGAGUUCCGUCAGCUCGGCUUUUGCUCGGCCUUUUCGUCGCGUCUUGCGGCGCCCAGAGACCUGGUCGCCUCUCCCGUCUGAGGGGUGCCCGGCGUGGCGCCUCUCCCCCGCGACCCCCGAAGAUUCGCUGCCGCUUUCUGGGUCUUUGUCUGCUGCUUCGGCACCCUCUGGAGUUCGCUUGACUGCGUCGGCGUUGUCGCCAGAGCGGAGACCAGACAGCCUGGGAAUCGCGUCUGCGCCUCCCAACUGUCUGAGAAAGAUGGGCUGUCAGUGUUCAACCCAGCGCAACGUGCGGAGGCCUGAGUCGCCGUCCAAGUCUCAGAGCGACAGCGUCGUCCGGCGCAGCGAAGGGACGAGGGCGGGUCUCUCCUCGACGCCAGCGACUGUGGAAGGCACGCCGCGGGAGGCGAAGAGGCAGGGGUCGCGGGGGUCCGAAGCGCGCUGCGAGGCCGCGGAUGGUGAACCGAGGAAGCGUGGCGGAAUUCGAGCGCGAGAAGCAGACGAACCCGGUAAAGAGGAGGAGGAGGUCAGCGCAGACGCCGCCAGCGAGAAGCCAGUCGACGGCACGCCAGGAGGUGUCUCGUCGCCGGAGGGGCGAGCGGGGCAAGGGACGCAGGAGCCAGGGAAGAAGUGUGGGGUGCGAGGAGACACUUCACACGCGUCGCGAGAGGCCGGUACUUGGCGCCUCGAAGAAAGGGAAAACCAUCAAACAGAGGGUUCUUCCCCGCCUCUACCUUGGCAGUCAGAGCAGAAAGACCUUGAGAGAAGUGGCGUGGGUGAGGGAGACGCGCCUCCGCUGUUUAGCCGACUCGCGUCCUCAGGCUUGACAGCUCUAGAAAAAGAUGUGCAUGCAGGCCACCUUGAGGCCAUGGAGAGCCGCGUUGCCUUGUCUGCUGCGGGGGGAAGGAAACGAAGGGGCGAGGAAGUGAAGGAGAGAGGAGACAGCGAGGCGCAUCCAUCCGAACAGGAGACCCUGAUGACAUCGCCUGCUCGUCUCGCGUCAACAGGGACGACGCGAGCGACGGAAUCGACGCGAGAGGCCCCGCCCGCAGGUCCGGCUCUCGGCACAUGCAGCGGGCGCGGGUGUCCCUCCCCUGAGACGGCGACGUCAGGUCCAGGCAAGGGCAGUCUGCGGAGCUGCGCGUCGCAGGAUGGGAGUCCCGCUGCGAUCUUUUCGUCUCCGUACAAAAGGCGAAGCAGUGGUCGCCAGGGCCGCGGCGACGAGGCUGGAAGCGCCGCGCCGAUCGCAGGCGCGUGCUCGCGCCCCAAGGAUGGGAAGGCCACCCCAGGCGUCGCCUCCAGUUCCUUUGCUUCAGGCGAUGGAUGCAGCGACGGUGGAGUAGAUCCCGACCGAGGGAGCGCCGCUCGGCGAAGAGACAGCUCCCGGAGCCUCGUUCGGCGACGUGUCAGCUCGGCCUCGCCCUCGCGCCCAGAGGGGCCUUCCUCAGGGCGUGUCUCGGGGUCUCGUCCGCGCCAUACGCAGAGCGGGUGUUCGGGGAUUGUCUCUCAAGGUUCCGCGUUCCCGGCUGCGUUAUCUCAAUGGAAGAAGGGUGCAUGCGUUUCCAACAAGUGUGCUGACUCGGACGCCUUGUGCUGUCUCUCGCCGCUCGCGUACUCUCAGCAGAAGCUGCUGCCUUCGCAUCUGAGCGGUUCUCUCGCGGUGUCGGAGAUUCUCCUCGAGUCGAGCAUCGUAGGCCGGUAUGUCAUGUUGCCGUGGAACGAGGAAGACGGCGACAUUCGGCAAAACUUCUAUGUCCACUGCCCGCCGCCCGUCGCGCUUUGCUCGCCGCUGUCGCAGAGCGUCGCGAUGCAUGCAAGCACUCCACCUCCGUUUCCUUUAGGCCCUUCGCGGCGCGAGGCCGUCGCCGCGUGUCCUGUGUCUCCUCCGUGUGGGAGACGAGGCAGGGUGAACCGGAGAAGUGAACCGGAGAGAGGAGACGGGCGCGGCCGCGAUGAACUCGAGAGCGGUAUGUACGCGGGAGCGAAGCUGGCUCCCGAGGGACUUGUCAAGAGUACGCAAGAAAGCCCUGUGAACGGUAGACACUUAGCUUCGAGUGCAUGUGGAAACGCGAGAGCAGGUCGAGAGGAGGGAGGGAGAACGACGGAAAAGAGUCGGUGGACUAAGCGAAAUUAUCCGGCGCCUGCCCAAGGAGACGUGACGGAGUCUCUCGAGUCGCUGUCUUACGGAUUCGGGGGGUUCCCUCAGGAAAGCCGAGAACGGAGGAGACGCAACACAGGCGGGGGGAGUAGAGAAGCCUGCAACAGCCGCGCUCAGGGACGCGAGACACGGAAGACAGAGGACGGAGCUGUCUCUUCUCGGUUCGAGGGUGAGGCUCGUUCGCAUCCCUGUCCGCGUCCGCCUGCGUGCUGUACGUCGAUUCCUCUCGCGUCCGCGUCUUCUCCUACUGGCGGCAGCUCGUUUGCUGGCGCCUCGGUCAGCGACCCCGUAGUCCGGACGGAGGCGGAGGGCGAGGUGUCUCCUGGCGAGUUGGGUGUCCCCGGAGACAGCGCCGAGGCGCCCGCAUGCGACCUGGCGACGCUGUCUCCGUGUGGGGACCCUGGGGCUCUGGGUCGCUGCGAAGAGUGGGGUCCUGAUGGGAAGUGGACGGACCCGGAUGGGGUGAUGUCUCUGAGUCGGAAGCAGCAGCAGAAGUUCGCGGCCUGGAAGCGACUAUCGGAGAUUGUCAAGGACCCUGUGGUAAUUCAAGAUGUGCCGAACAGCCGCGCGAUUCGUCAGGGGUUCGUGGGCGACUGCUCCUUUCUCUCCUCUCUCGCGGUCCUUUCGGAGUUCGAGCGAAAGCACAACGUCCCCGUGCUCUCAGGCCUCCUCUACCCCCAGGGCACGAUCCCGGCCGUCUCGGAGGCCGGCAGAAGACCGCAAGAUGGAGGCGAAAGGGUCGGACCUAUCUUCAACCCACGGGGCAUGUACGCCUGCAGGCUAUACUUCAACGGGGUUCCUCGAAAGGUUUUGAUCGAUGAUUACGUCCCCGUCAGAAAGGACAACAAACUCCUCGCGGCGCACUCGUCGAACAAAAGCGAGCUCUGGGUCACGCUUCUCGAGAAAGCGUUCGUGAAGCUCAUGGGAGGUAGCUACUCGAUGCAGGGGUCGAACCCCGGCGCAGAUCUGUACCACCUCACCGGGUGGAUUCCAGAAACGAUUCCCUUCCGCAGCGACGUUCACACCGGGUCGCCGGCUUCGCACAAACCGAUCGUCACGGGUCGCGAAAACGAGGAUGACGAGGUCGUCAAAGAUCCCAAAUGGACGCAAAUCUGGACGCAACUGUACCUCGGAUUAACUGCGGGACGGUGCGUCGCCUGUCUAGGCACCAGCGAAGUCUCCGACGCUGCUCCAAGUGGACUUGACUUCCCCGAAGGCGUCUCCGUCAGCAGCGGCAUCGUCGCUCGGCAUGCAUACAGCAUUUUGAAUUACGCGGAAAUCGAGGGACAUCGAUUGUUGUACGUAAAAAACCCAUGGGGAUGCGUCCGCUGGAAAGGCAAGUUUUCUCCUUCAGACAAAGCGAGCUGGACGCAAAACAUGAAGGAGAAACUUGGCUACGAUCCUGCAACAGCCGCCAAGUCGGAUUGCGGCUGCUUCUGGAUCGAGUGGCUGGACGUCGUCCGGUGGUUCUCGCACCUCUACGUCUGCUGGGACAAUAGUUGUUUUCCUUACCAAGCAGAGAUUCAUUCGAAGUGGGAACGUUCGCCGUUCAUCGAGAAUUCGUCGUUGGCAGACGAUUCACACAUGGUUGCGUUCAACCCGCAGUUUCACCUGCGCAUCAGUCCUCGUCCCGAAGACUUCGCCUCUUCUGCGCUAGCGGGGCCGUACCCGUUUCUGUCUUUUCCUUCUCUGACCUCUCCGGCGUCUGCAGCCUCUCUGCCGAUGCCGUCGAACUCGCCUCCUGGCACGCCUCACACCGCCUCGCUCUCUCCCGUGCCUUCGUUCUCCCAGGAAAAUCAACCCGUGGAGCUCUGGAUUCUCCUUUCGCGACACGUACGCGAGAGGCAAAAGGACUUGGCGACGAAGUACCUAGCCAUUCACCUGCAUGCAGCCUCUGAGCGAGCGACCUGUCCCCCGCCUCCGGCGAAGCAGGGCGUCUACAGCAACGGCGAAUGCACGCUGGUCAAACUCCGCGUUCACCCACACGUUUUCCGCGAUCUCUUCGCGAGAGACGCGAGCGACGAAGGCAGCCGGUUCCCCUCCGACAACUCCGCGAAGCGCGAAGAGAAGGGGAAAAAGGAAGCGGCUGGAGGCAGGCCGCCGCUUCCAGGGUUCGAAGGCCACCAACUUCUCGACGCGUCGGAAUUCGUCCUGGUCGUCUCCCAGUACUCGCAAAAGGACGAAUUCAAUUUCACUAUCAAGGUGUACGGACACGUCCACUCAUGUCUCACCCAACUGCCGCCUCUCCUUCCUACGGAUGCGCAAUCGAUCUAUUUCAAGAACAGCUGGGGCCCGUCGACGGCGGGAGGCUGCUCCAAUGAUUUGUGGAGGUAUUUUACCAAUCCACAUAUUCGUCUGAAAGUCCCUCAGCCGUGCGACGCCAUUUUCUUUCUCGAAUCUCCUCAAGAGCACUCAGUGAAUUUGCGUUUGUUCAAAAACCGAGUUGCGACGGCGCGUUUGUUGCGGACCGGCAAGGCUUUGUCAACGGGGCCGUACCGGGCAGGAUGUUGUAUGCUCAAGGCUCGUCUCGAGGCGACGACGUACACGAUUAUUCCCUCAACGUUCAGACCAGAUGACUUCGACACGUUUCAGCUGUCUCUACACGUGCCUGGCAAUGUCGCAAAGCCUCGGCCGGUGCUUCUUCCGCAACCUUACGCAAUCCCCCCGCCCUCUUCCCUUUUCUAUCGAGUUGUGGAUGGCCGAAAAUGCACACGGCAAGUCUGGGCGAGAGUCGCUCUUCAAGUCCAAGGCCCUACUCUGGUGGCACUGCGCCUGCAAAUGCCUGGACCUCCCGAGCCAGGCGACGUGUUUCCUUCGCUGACAGUCUAUCGCUACACAGAGACAGCAGAGAGAGAGCGAGAGGUGGAGAGUGAGAGGAGCGCGGAGAGGAAGAAUCAGAAGAAACUGCAGUUCGUCAUUCGAAGCGACCUCGACGGCGGCCUCAGUGAAGACGGCCACACGGCUUCUUCCGCCGCACAGGAUCUCUUCCAGAAACAGGGAGUUGUCAAUGUCUCUUCCGUCGAGCUAGUGGAUCCUCUCUCACCUUACGUGAUUUUCAUUUCGACGCUGAACGGAGACAAAGAUGCCGACGGCUGUCCUCAGUACGCCCACAGCCGGGAUGUCGCUCUCCACUAUCUUCAUCGUUGCGAGGGAAGACAGAGAGAAGACGUCCCCAAAGCAAGACCUUGGAUGUUGCAUGUAAUUGCCGACCGUCCUCUCGAUGUUCAGCUUCUCCUCUAGAGAGAUUCUGAAGAAACUUCUGAGAGCUCCAUGACGGGUUCUGCUGAGGUUUCCGAGAGAUUCUUCUGAGGUUCUUGAGCGUUUUUUCGAGAUUUCUAAGGGUGUCUUCUGGGAUCCUUUUGAGAUUCUUCUUAACUGCCUCCUGUGGGGAAAGCGAGUUAGAAGGAGAAGGCGCAAAGCAACACGCUCUUUCGGGGGGAGUGUGCCUCUCCUAGAUUGAAGCGGUCGCGCGACGGGGCGGAGACAAGAGAGAAACGCAAAAGUGAAUCAAGAGAAACACGGGAGAAGCAGAGGGGAAAGCCAGCGGAAGAAGGUGUGGAGCAAAUGCUCUGACGGUGAGGCGGCAUUUUUUCGUAAAACCCCUCGUCUGGGAAGCCGGGCAAGGGCAGACUGAGAGGAGAGAAUGACAUUCGGCUUAUGUGCGGAGAGAGGGAGCUGGAAAGCAGAUGAGCGAUCCGAGAGACAGAGCAGAGUUCAAAACGUAAAUGGUCUUUUUCAGACCUUGAACUAGAGAGGGAAAAGUGGCGAAAUGGCAAAGACUCUCGCUAGCGAGGCCAUUCCGAUCAAGGAAGGAACACCGACGGAGCUCUCUGCAGCGCGACUAGAAAGUAUAUGUAUGGAUACAAAUGUGUAUUCCGCCACAAGUGUGUAGAGAGAUGCACACAUGGAUGUGAUGUUGAGAGUCUUUUUGUCGUCGGGAAUCCGUGUUUGUUUUUUUGGUGUCGGACAGAGAUUUUGGAGGUUUGUAGAGUCUGUCCCGUUUCCCGUGGUCAUCGCGGUGGUGUGCACGUGAGACAGAGAUUGCCGACUUUGGGGUGCUUCGCGGGUUUCUAGCGCAUGCGUUCCAGGCUUCUUUGCGUGCUCAUCGCAAGGAUAUCUUUGACGUCUUCGACGUGCAUGCGCAUUUGCGUAUCUGCACCAGAGGGUUUUGUCAGUGCUGGAGGAUAAAUCCGAGAAGUUUCGCUCGCGACCGGCGGGCCUCAGCUGAAGCUACCGAAAACUGGGUCCACUCGCCGGUGUUUUUGCUUUUCUGCGGCGUUCCUCCUUCCCGGGCAAGAAGUGAGAGUGAGAGAAAGAGACAGACACUAAUCACAC